AUGUUCACGGUGGGCCCAUGGGACAUCCAUCAAUUGGGUCCCAAUUCACUGAAGGACAACCAGAUGUACGGCAGUUUCAGCUACAUCAGCUCGAUCGUCGCCAACCUCCCCGACAAAGGCGAAACAAACAUAGGCGUGGAAAUUGUGGGAUACGGCUCACGAGCCACCGCGCUCCUCAACAGCAACGUUUAUCUGCUGUUCGGCCGGGUGUUUGGCUACGGUGUUGUCGCCGAAUUGGAGGAGAUUACGACUCCUGGCCAAAGCGACUCGGCGGCGAGGACACUACGAGUCGUUCUUCGUCACACAGACUACCACAACACUUUAAAGCAAGCAGUGUCAUUCUCAACUAUCUAUUACAUCCCAGGGAAUAGCCUCUUGCGGGGGACCUUCGGCAGUUUUUACAGGGGUCGCGAGGUUGUCUUAGGUGGAUACAUUUUGAACUUUGUCGAGUCCGAGUCAGCUUGGGAAGUACAGGUCCUCUUGGUCUCGCUCUCUCAGGGUGGCCGUCCCAAUUCACAGGCAGCCAGUCCGCUUUGGUUCAUUUGCUCACAUUCCUAUACGAUCAGCAAGCGAUUCGGUUCCGCCGCCGCGGGCUCAUCUCCCUCAGCGAGCAACACAAUUGGCUCCGGGGUGCUGGGCACCCCGAUUUCGCAGAUGAGGGUCAGCUCCGGCACCCCUGGGACCGUUGUCCCAACCCCCAAUGCCUCCAUCGGCAACUUCUCUCCACAGGAGACGAGGACCGAGGAAGGCGAAGUCUCCGAGGACAACAACCCUUACGACUUCGGGACUACGACAGGGCAGUUGUCGCAGUCGUCGACCAAGACGCCGACGCCAGCGAAGCGACCGGCUGCUCCUCUCCCUGUCGCCAAGGCCAUCGGUGGAUCGUCCACCCUGUCCAACGCUCAGAAGAGACUGAAGAACAAGGCCUGA